AUGGUGGAGUCUGCCAUAAUGACGGGGCUGCUGGAUUUCCCCUGGACAAGUCCAGCAUUAUCACAGCAUCACUCGGUUGUGCUUACUGAUGCCUCAGCAUCGUCGGUUGUUAAGCGCACCGCUGACCUGUUCACAGAGGCGGAGAUGGAUGCUCUUCAGCCUGCUGCUCAUGGCGCAAAGGAAGCGAUUCGGGACAUACUUGCUGCUGGUGCCGGUGACAAAUCGCAGCAGUCGGAGAACGCUGACAAGACCAAUGUCACCAGUGGAGUGGCUGGCGAGUCUCUGCAGAAGGGGAAAGAGGAGGCGGUUAACAAGUCUACUAAGCAUGACGACGAAGAGGAACACGAUGGUUACCUCAGCGAUGACCCGGAGGAGCGGUACGAUGCGCAGCAGGCGACGCUGCGCGCGCUUUUCAAUCUGUGGAGGAAGGACCUGAACAUGGAGAUUGAGGCGACAACAAAAUUUCAGGAGCUGACGGCGUUGUUUCUGAACAAGAAGCAGUAUUGCUGGCUGCAGGUUACCUUUGAGCGGGCAUGUGAUGCCAACUUCAUGUGGAAACACGAGAUCGUGCAUACCUACGUCGACGGGAAGCGCAUUAACUUGGACUGGCAACACCCGGUGGAUCCAGCUUACGUGAAGGCGCGUGCUGCAGACGCGCAGCUGGUUGAAGUUUUGUUUAAGGGGGUGGAUGCGGUGAUCACGCCAGAGAUGCUGUGUGAGAUGCUGGUGAAGGUGAAGCUGGAGAAGCGAGGACGUUCGGCUUUUAAGGAGGGUUGCUGCUUCCAUUGGGUGGUGAAUACAGUCAUAGGGAUGGACACAGACAAGAUUAAAGGCCUGGUGAAGCAGCAUGACGGUGACAAGUACCGUUGGCGUCACCUGAUCGAGGACCCGACCUCCCAUGAUAAGCAGCUGCUGGUGCAUUAUCCUUCUUUGAUCUGUGCUCAUUUUGAAGGAACCAGCUGUGGUGCUGACCCCAUGGGGAACCGCGAGGAGUAA